GCUCUAACACAGAAAUUCCUAAUUGGUCAGUCUGGGUCCAUCUACAUUAUAUGGAGCUGUGUAUAAAAAGUACAAUAACGACCCUUCUGUGCCGGCAUUCUAACAAUGACCAUAAUGGGAUUUGGCAAUAUUUAAAAAAUGAAAUGUUGCAAGUUUCCAGUGUAAACGUAUUUAAUUGCUGUGGGAAGCAGCGCCGUCUGGGGUGUAGGGACUCCUGCAUGGCUCCUGCCCCUCAUGAAUACAGCAUCAAUACAGGCAGCACUGUAUUCAUAAGAGGAAUGGAGCUCUCUGCACUCUGAGACUUGAAGUGAGUGCAAUGCAGGGUUUUAUAUGGAAUUUGCACCAUGCCACCCCCCAUGCACAGAGUGGCUUGGGGGUAACUACUGGGGGCAUCUUUAGAGGCACAGGUCUUCAUUACUAAAGUGAUAUGGUGGCUUUGGGAUGGUACAGGAGACACAUAUGGUGCAGCAUUUGCAGCCUUUGACCCAUAGUUCUCAUAAAGCCCUUAGUAUUGCACCCCCAGGCCUCACAUAUAUAGUAGUAUAUAUUUUGGGCUGCUGAAUAUGUCACAUGGCAGUGCUGACAUGUACGGUAACGGAUAUGCUAAUUAGGUGCCUUCUGAUUGGCUGCACAGCAGGACCAUCGCCAUGGAGUCAUCUUGUGAUGUCAUCAACCAAGUUAACCUUAGGGCCAGAAAUGACAGUUUUUUCAGUUGUGGCUUUGCAGUCAGAAGAGAAGGAGCAUUUUUCAGUUUUGGCUUUGCAGUCAGAAGAGAAGGAGAAUUUUUCGGUUUUGGCUUUAAGAAGGAGAAUUUUUAUUUGGAGAAUUUAUUUUGGUUUACGGUGACGCAAGACAUGGGAAAUUACAUCUCUACGUUCGUAGACACCAUCCUUGGCGUCAGAAGGAGAAGAUUUCAGGCUCCAUCAAAAUCUUCUCAAAAACAUCCAGCGAGACUUCGCAGCAGCGCUCCAAAGCAGAAUUUGGAUUGGACGACCAACGGCGGGGAGCCAACGAGAUGGAUAGAGGCCGGAUACCAUGGGCCACAGGCGAGACCAUCUUAUUCCAGCCUUCACUCAACCCCCCGCUUGACGAGGAGCAUGAAGAUCACGGCUCCACCUGUGUCCUCCUUGAUAUUUCCAAUGGAGGAGCAGAAGAAGACAACCUCAGGCAGUUAUUGGCUCAGUCUGCCCCCUAUGGGGCCACCAAUAAGACCGAUGGACCUGACGGCACCACUGCCACGUUUAAGGAUGCCAGACUACUGGCAACCCAUUGAGAUCUUUCCUCUACCUGAGAGGGAAAGACCUCAGCGUCAGGAGCCGGUUGCUCCAUCAGCCUUCGAACUGAUGGUCAGACAGAAGUUCUUGAGAAUGGAAAGAGAGGAGCUAGAGAGAAAAGCUGCAGCGCAAGAGGAAUAUCAGCGGUACAGAAACACUGUUUUGGCAGAAGCGCAGAGGUUAGCUCGGAAGCACAGGCUGAAUAACAUACAUGAAAGACCAGCUUAUGCUAAGAAAUCCUGUUAUUCAGUGUCAUCGUACGGCACAAGUUGGUCCUCUUAACCACCAAGUGGCUCAUACCACCAACACCACCAACAGUUUUCCACCAGAGAUGCCUCUCCGCCUUCCACCAUAAUUCUACCAGUGGUGCGUCCCCCCUCCAUCUAAAAUAUGGUUUUAUACACAGGAGCACCCAUAAGUCAUUCGGUACACCCUGCAUUUUUUUUCACUCCAUCCCUCAGUUUGCAGAAGCCGGGAUCUGCAGGCUGCCUGGGGGAUGGAAUGGAAGGAAAUGUAUCUAGCAGCUGAAUGGUGCUUAUGUUUAUGGUGCCAUAUUUUUAUGGUCUCCCUUUUUCACACCGCCAUUUCACCAGCGGUGCCUACCCUUACACCUAAAAUAUGGUGUUAUACACAGGAGCACCCAUAUGCCAACCGGUAGACCCUGCAUUCCUCUUCACUCCAUCCCUCAGUCUGCAGAAGCCGGGAUCUGCAGGCUACCUGAGGUCCAAUGGAAUGGAGAAGAAUGCAGAAUUCACCUAGCAGCUGAACAGUGCUCAUGUUUAUGGUGUCAUAUUUUUUUGGUCUCCCUUUCUCACACCGACAUUUCACCAGCGGUGCCUCCCUUUACACCUUUAAUAUGGUUUUAUACACAGGAGCACCCUUAAGUCACCCGGUAUAUCCUGCAUUCUUUUUCACUUCAUCCCUCAGUGUGCAGAAGCCGGGAUCUGCAGGCUGCCUGGGGUCUAAUGGAUUGGAAGGGAAUGCAGCAUUCACCUUGUGGCUUAAAGGCACUCAUAUGUAUGCUGCCAUAUUCCCUUCUUUUCCGUUACUUCCACCGCCUUUCCACCAGAGGUGCCUCCUUACACCUAAAAUAUGGUUUUAUACACAGGAGCACCCUUAAGCCACCCAGUAGACCCUGCAUUCCUCUUCACUCCAUCCCUCAGUCUGCAGAAGCCGGGAUCUGCAGGCUACCUGGGGCCCAAUGGAAUGGAGAAGAAUGCAGAAUUCACCUAGCAGCUGAACAGUGCUCAUGUUUAUGGUGCCAUAUUUUUUUGGUCUCACUUUCUCACACCAACAUUUCACCAGCGGUGCCUCCGCUUACACCUAAAAUAUGGUUUUAUACAUAGGAGCACCCUUAAGUCACCCGGUAAAUCCUGCAUUCUUUUUCACUUCAUCCCUCAGUGUGCAGAAGCCGGGAUCUGCAGGCUGCCUUGGGUCUAAUGGAAUGGAAGGGAAUGCAGCAUUCACCUUGUGGCUUAAAGGCACUCAUAUGUAUGCUGCCAUAUUCCCUUCUUUUCCGUUACUUCCACCGCCUUUCCACCAGCGGUGCCCCCUUACACCUAAAAUAUGGUUUUAUACACAGGAGCACCCUUAAGCCACUCGUUAGACUCUGCAUUCCUUUUUACUCCAUCCCGCAGUGUGCAGAAGCCGGGAUCUGCAGGCUGCCUGGGGUCUAAUGGAAUGGAAGGGAAUGCAGCAUUCUCCUUGUGGCGUAAAGGCACUCAUAUGUAUGCUGCCAUGUUCCCUUACCUUACCAUAUUCCCCCUCUAUUUCCCUUGAUUCAAUAUGGUGCAUUGAUCCUGGGAGCAAAUCCGAUCGCCGUUAAGGGGUCAGGAAGGAAUUUUUCCCUCUAGUGAAACAGAUUUGUUCUUGCUUCAUAGAGGUUUUUUGCCUUCCUCAGGAUCAAAUAGCACAGUUUAUCUAAUAAUUAUUAAUAAAGCUGUGUUUUUCACAGAUUUACAUUAA